CUGGACCUCACACUCCCAGCCUCGGCCCUGCCUGGAUCUCAGAUUCUAGGCCUCGGCCCUGCCUGGACCUCAGACCCCCAGCCUCGGCCCUGUCUGCAUCUCGGACUCCAGCCUGCAGCUCCAGGAGGGGAUACAUGUGUGUUGUUCAAGCCCCAUGGUCUGUGGGAUUUUCUUCCUGCAGAUACAGGAAACUGAUCAAAGCCAUUGCUCUGCAAAAUGAAGUCCACAGCCCUCCAGCCUCAGUUUCCCCUCGGAGGUGGCGAGAGACGCAGCCUCUCGGGCACAGUCAGACCUGCCUCGCCAGAGUGUGUGAGUCACCGGGUCCUGAGGGACCCGUGUGCACGUGUCCUACCAGGAAGACUGGCUUAGGUCACACCGGCCGACACGGCCUGGUCGGGCACUCUGCAUUUCACGGCAGAUGUGUUCCCUGUGUGACAAACGCCCAGCCCUUGGUGGAGUGUGACCAGAUCCUUCUCCUCCAGGGACUGUGCACGUGGGGGCAAAUGACUUUGAUCAAAAAGGGAGCUUGGGACGCUAGGAACCGGGACAACUGGUUGACCUUGCCGGGCGCGGUUCAGCUGCAGGGCAGGGAGGAAGGGGUGGGGCUGGAGGAACAAGGGUUCCCCAGGACCACCUGCAGGGCUCCAGGGAGGGUCCUGCCCUCCCUGCACGUUCACGCUCAGCUGUGUGCAGCCCGACAGGCAGCCCCGCCUUCCAUUCCGUUUGCUGGAAUCCAGACCCUGAGGAGCGGUGCAGCCUGUGACGGGUUGAUUCCCAGCUGCUCCGGGGGCAGAAUGUGGAGCCCGCCCGGGACAUGCCCCCCUGGGCUCGCCGCCUCCUUCCCCUCCUCGCUGUCCUUGCAAAUGCGAACUGCCAGCCUCCGCAGAUUGCGAAAGAGCCCGGUCAACGUGAUUUUGAUUUGGCCGAUGCCCUCGAUGACCCCGAACCCACCAAGAAGCCAAGCUCAGAUAUCUACCCCAGACCGAAGCCCCCGUAUCACCCACAGCCAGGCAUGCCCGACAACAGCGGAGAUAUCUACCCCAGACCGAAGCCCCCGUAUCACCCACAGCCAGGCAUGCCCGACAACAGCGGAGAUAUCUACCCCAGACCGAAGCCCCCGUAUCACCCACAGCCAGGCAUGCCCGACAACAGCGGAGGCAUCUACCCCCGGCCGAGGCCACCCCCGCGCCCCCAGCCCGGCGGUUCCGACAGCGGUGGAGGUUACUUUGGGAACAGGGACCAGGAUGACGGCCGCUACCCGCCCAGGCCCAGGCCGCCCGCAGCUGGCGGUGGUGGCUACUAUCCCAACAAUGACGGCCACGGAAACGCCUACGGAGGAGGGCGUUCUAGACCCAACUCUUACGGAAAUAAUUAUGGCGGAGACGGAUACUCCACGUACGGCAACCAGCAAGGUAACACGAUAGCGAAAAUCGUGUCCCCCAUCGUGUCCGUGUUGGUGGUCAUGCUGGUGGGUGCUGCCACGGGAUGGUUCCAGCGAAACAGGAGGAGAAAUUGUUUCAGGACAAGAGAACCAGAGCACGUGUGACGGCUUCAGGAUCCCGCGGUUGCUUUGAGAGAAGCUCAGUGUAGACGAGGUCCCCGUGUAUCGCUCCCGUGACAGCUCCUUCCAUUGCGGACGUCAUCGCCACCCUAAAGCGUCUCUGUCUGGAAGGGACCGACCGCCUGACAAAGAAUUUCUGAUCCGCCAGAUGGGGGAGGGGGGUGUUUAUAAAGAUAAGUUAGCCAAGCCUUGGGUCCUAAGAAGACAGUCUGACCUGCACGUUCGAUGACUCCUUUGACCAGAUUGCGAGGCUGUGGUGGGUUCCCCAGAACUACCUCACGGUGCAGGAUGCGCACAUUGUCCCAAAGUACAACGGGGGUGCAAAGGUAUAAGGGGUCUCGGGCUGUGGGGUGCUGUCUCCUUUUGGGGGUUUUGGGGGACCCUCUGAGGGUUUCCAGUGGGCUCUGGGAGAAACCUAAUCCAUGGGAAGUCUUCCUCAAGGAGCCAGCACCCCCCCUUCCAGCUGGAACAGCAGGAUUCCCGCUGCUCAGUGCUGGCCGUGACCAUGUAACCCUUAUUAGCACACAGUAAGGCUGGCAUUUCCAGUUGCUGGUUCAUACACUCCCUGAUGUGCAAGACAUCGUGGGCAAUCUGUGCAGACUUUUUCUCUUUUUUUCCUGCAAAAUCUUAUGAUUUCGGUAUUUUGGGAAGGGAGAAAAUUGGGGCUGGCAGUCAUUUGUGCCUGUUGAGUCUUCCCGUAUUAUUUUUCAUGUGAUAGUCUGUAGGCAACUGUGUUGAAGGCAAUGGCAUCGUUUUCCUUGGUUUCUACUUUUUUCCACCCCUUUUUACUGGAGUAGAAAAUUCUAAGUCCUCAGGCAUCUAAAAAGCAUACUAGGUAUUUGCUUCUAUUUUAGCGACAUUUUAGGGGAAGCUGGGAAAAAGGAAGGAUUUGGGCUCAUUGAUAGAGUUUCAUUCAAUUAACGUAAAUGCUUAUAGGACUUUUGGAGUUUGCCCUAAAUAUCAGCACUGAACAUAAAGAUAGUUACUGCAAUCCAGAACUCAUCAGGAGGACCCAGGAAAGUCCUAAAUUGUUGUAUGCACCGUGCUCAUGGGUAUGGACUGGGAGGUAGGUCUCCAGGGAGGACUUGAAUGCAGAAAGACCUAGAAAUACCUCCCCAAAUAGAAAAGGGAAUUUACAGCUAACGCUCUUGAUGUGAUGUGAUUCAUAUGUGAUUGGAGCACUUUCAAGAUGGCCGUGGUUACCAUCUGGUUGCUAUCGGGAUGGGAAUGUCCUCCGACGUUUCUCCAGUGUCCCCAUCAAGUGACAAAGCCUCGUGGCCCCAACACUCUUUCUGUAGUCUUUUCUGUGGGUUUCGGUAGGAGUUUAUUUUGAGUCUUGAUAAAAAGUAUGCGCGUGUGUGGACAGACAGACACAUCCACACCAUCACAGACACUCCUGGAUGGAAUGGAAGCAUUCAUAACGACAUACGUCGAUCGGUUUCCUGUAACUGCCAUAAGUACAUUUUUAUCGUGUAAAAGAAAUGUAAAAAAAAAAUAAAGUAAAAAGACGUCUUCUUUGUUUCCCACCGACGUUGAUGAAACAGCACUGGAAAAUAAAAAUCAUAAGGCAUCGAGUAAA